AACCUGACGUCAGCCGUCAGAGGAAGAACUCCAAUUUUCUUUCUUCCAAGCUUUCUUUCUUUCUUUCUUCCCACUCUUCACAUUUUUGCCGACCUUACCAUAGAUAGCUUUCUGCAUCCAUCACAAACUCCAAUCCAAGUAAAAAUUAGCCAAGAAGAAAGAAAGAAGAUACAAUCAUGCGCUGGGUACCCUUUGUCACGUUUGUCGGAGCCAUCUCUUUGGUGGAUGCAUUCACUCCUCCAUCAUCAAUAAACCACAAGCUCUCCACAUUAAAUGUGGCCGCUGCGGAACCUGAUGUGACUGUGGAAAAACCAACAGGAACAUCUUUUUUGCCGGAAGAGACUGUGGAGCGUGCCAAAGUUGGAAGUCCCGUGGAAAAAGUCAAGCUGGCCAAGGAUGGUACUUCUGCAUGGGUCGAUGUCUACGAGUUUGCGAGGAAAAUCCGAGAAGGCGAAAUGACUUGGGAAGAAGUUGAAAAGGCUGAUCUCGAUACACGUUUGAAAUGGGUUGGAAUGUUGCACAGAGGAAAGCGUACACCCGGUCAAUUCAUGAUGAGAAUGAAAGUUCCUAAUGGAAUUGUAAACGCUGAUCAGAUGCGAUUCUACGCCGACUGCGUCGAAAAGUAUGGCCCAGAAAAGGGGGUGGUCGACAUUACAACCCGUCAAAAUAUUCAACUUCGCGGAGUCAAGAUCGAAGAUGCACCAGAUAUUAUUGAGGGCCUUCAUGCAAGGAACCAAACUUCUUUCCAAUCUGCAUUGGACAAUGUCAGGAAUAUGGUUGGAUCUCCUCUUGCCGGAAUUGAUGACCAGGAACUGGUCGACACACGAGAGUUGUGCAAUGCGAUCAACGAUCUUAUCAGCCUCGAUCCUGUCACCAACACUCGUGGAAACCCACGGUGGGGUAACUUGCCCAGAAAAUUCAACAUUGCCAUCUCGGGCUCGAGGGAUGACUAUGCCCACACACACAUCAACGACAUUGGCCUUCAGCCUGUAAAGCACGCGGAAACAGGAGAAAUGGGAUUUAAUGUCGUCCUUGGUGGAUUCAUGAGCAUCAAGCGAGUUGCCGAGAGUGUGGACUCCGAUAUGUGGAUCCCCGCUGACCGAAACUCUGUUGUGACCUUGUGUGAGGCUAUUCUGCGAAUCUUCCGAGACGAAGGCAACCGAAAGAACCGUCAAUUGGCUCGCCUCAUGUAUCUCGUCGAAGAAUACGGGGUUGAAAAGUUCAAGGAAGCCGUUGUGGCGGAAGCGGAAAGCUACGACCGUGGAGUCAAAAUCGAGGAUGCUCAACCCGCUCCCUCGGAACCUUUUGAACGACGUGAGUUGCUCGGUGUACACCCUCAACCUCAAGAGGGUAAGAUGCGAGUGGGUAUCAUGGUUCCUGCUGGCCGCUUGAGUGCUCAGGAGUGCCGUGAUUUGGCUGACCUUGCCGACAAGUAUUCGGGUGGUGAAGUCCGUCUGACAGUGGAGCAAAACGUUAUUCUACCAAAUGUGGAUGAGUCCGACGUUGACGAUCUCUUGAAGGAAGACUCCUUGAAUGGAGACAGCCGUUUCAAAGCGAAUCCUGGCUUCAUUGAAGGCAAUCUUGUGAGUUGUACAGGAGCAGAGUUCUGCGGUCUAGCAUUGAUCGAAACAAAGGCCAAUGCCGAGGCCCUCGCAAAGAAACUUGAAUCUCUGGUCGCUGUGGACAGACCCAUUCGUAUUCAUUGGACUGGUUGCCCCAACAGCUGUGGUCAGGUCCAGGUUGCGGAUAUUGGAAUCAUGGGCGCUCCUGCUCGUAAGGAAAUUGACGGUAAGAAGGUUGCCGUCCCAGGAUGCAAGAUCUUCGUCGGAGGCAAAAUUGGAGAAGAAGGUCACUUGUCCUUGGACCCCGUGAAGACUGGAAUCCCCAUCUCCGAGGAGGAUUUGAUCCCAGAGUUGAUUGAUAUCCUCAAGUCUGAGUUUGGAGCUGUUGAGAAGAAGAAAUAGACGAUACGUCCAAGUAUAAAUAGCAAGUCAUCGAUAAAAUACAUUUCCAUUUUUGUGCAC